CGCGAAAUCGUUUUGUUUAUACACUUUUUAGUAAAGGUUGCUUAUUGCUUGCAAUCUAUCGAUAAUCUUAUUGUGCAAAAAUGAUGCGUGAUUCAGAUUUUGUUGAUCCCAAAAAUGUGGUCAAAUGUAGAGAGCUUCUGUAUCGAUUAAUGAUAAGUCAACUAUUCUACGAUGGUCAUCAUCAGCUAGCAGUUGAACUGACUGGACUGGUACGUGCCGAUCCACCCUGUCCGCCGUCGGAUCGCUUGCUUAACAUAUUUCGACAGGCUAGUCAGAUCGAUUCAAACAAACCUACGAACGUUUUCGAUGAGGUUACCUCUGGAUUGGAUCUGGAAUUUGAGAUCGAGAGCACUGCACUCGCCCCUGAACCGGCUUCGUACGAGACGGCUUACGUGACAUCCCAUAAAGCUGCUUGCCGUGCCGGUUGUUUCAGCUACGAUGGCCAGUUGGUGGCCACCGGUAGUGUGGAUGCCAGUAUCAAAAUUUUAGAUGUGGAUCGAAUGCUAGCCAAGUCGGCACCGGAUGAGCAGGAACCCGGCAGAGAGCAGCAGGGUCAUCCGGUUAUACGUACGUUGUAUGAUCAUACUGAUGAAGUUUCCUAUUUGGAAUUCCAUCCGAAGGAUCAGAUUCUUGCUUCGGCCGCACGUGAUCAUACGGUGAAACUAUUCGAUAUUUCAAAGGCAUCGGUAAAAAAGGCCCAUCGAGUUUUGAGUGAUUGUUCUCCGGUUCGUUGUCUUGCUUUUCACCCGACUGGGGAUUAUAUGGCUGUUGGAACCGACCAUCAUGUGCUUCGUGUUUAUGACGUGCAAACGGGGCAAUGUUUCGUCAGUGCCAUUCCGUCACAGCAGCACACAGAUUCCAUUACGUGCGUACGAUAUGCAGUGAAUGCCAAGGUGUACGCCACCGGAAGCAUGGAUGGUUCUAUCAAGCUGUGGGAUGGUGUUAGCGGCCGCUGCAUCAACACUUUUGCUCAGGCUCACGAUGGAUCGGAAAUUUGCUCGGUUGUGUUUACUCGCAAUGGGAAAUAUUUGCUAUCGUCCGGUCAGGACUCGCUGGUAAAGCUUUGGGAGUUGAGUACCAGCCGAUGUUUGAUUGCCUACACUGGAGCGGGAACAACUGGAAAACAGGAACAUCAGACUCAAGCUGUUUUCAAUCAUACGGAAGACUAUGUCCUCUUUCCGGAUGAGGUGACCACUUCACUAUGCUCAUGGAAUUCUCGCAACGCAUCCCGUUGUCAUUUGAUGUCGUUAGGUCACAACGGCGCCGUUCGUUUCAUCGUCCAUUCACCGAAUCAUCCGGCUUUCCUUACCUGUUCGGACGACUACAGGGCACGAUUCUGGGUCCAUCAUGAAACACGCUGAAUAAAACGAAACUAAAUACCGCGCACCGCGGCUGUAACCUAAUACGGGCCCGCUGUCUACGGCGUUCACGGACGUUAAGCACGCGGCCUGCAAGUUUUGAAGAGGCCCACCGGUGGUCGGUUUAGAGUUGCACCGAAUUGUCGCAGUUGUAUAGUUAGUUGGCUUUCGUAAGUAAGUGACGCCAGUGGCAUAAUGCUGUUGAGAAGUUAUCGGCUUAUUUUUGGAAGCUUUCAGGCGGUGAGUAAUGUGUUUUUGGGAUAUCUGUAACACUGUGAGGGAGUUAGGCGGUUUAUGAAAAGUUUUGUUCUUGGAGUAUGGACAAUGAAUUUAGCAAAGCGAUGCAACGAAAUCAUUUGUAAAUCAGAUUGCAAUUUGCGGAAAUACUGUACACAUUCGUUAUAAAAUUCAUCUUUUCUAUUAAAAGUGUACCAAAUAAUUUAGCGGUAAUAAAUCUGUCU